ACCUAGCUCCCAGUAAAAAGAAGGGGCAUGUGAGCAAGAGGUUUUUGCAUCUGAAAUGGGCAGAAAAUGAAAUUGUUAUGGGUCAAUGACUCAGCAGGGCCCUCCCUUUCAUUUUAAAUACUUUUUUCCCAAGCCUCAGAGAGUUCACGAUUGAGACCAAAGAGAGCAGGCGUACCAACUCCUUUUCUCCUUGGCUAUGGCUCAGUGGAUCUUCUCCCUUCUCUUUGGCACAACAGUUCUCUGGACCAUGCUCAUUCCACACAGUUCCUUUCCGACAGGGGCUCCUGCCUCCGCCUGUGAGAAUAUGUUACCUGGGCACACUGGGAUCCAGCCCCAACAAACUCUGGCUCCCUUUGAAUUUCUGGUGAGCUCACCAUCUUUCCUAAACGGGCAACCGAUUAACAUUCAGAUCGUCGGGCCUGCAUACAGAGGGUUGCUAUUAGAGGCUCGCUCAUUUCGCUCCACCACUGCACUGGGCUUUUGGAAGAGUCCACCCAACAACACCAAAUACUUGCAGUGCUCUGGAAACCCACAUGGAGCAGUGACUCAUUCCAACACCAAUUUAAAAACAAGACAGACUACUUAUACAUGGCUCCCACCUAACUCUGGAUGUCCCCCGGUUGUUACAUUCAUGGCAACAGUCGCCCUGUCUCAUGAAAUCUACUGGACCAACAUCAGGUCUAAAGUGAUCUGGAAAAAUCCCAAAGCUACAUGUGGAGCUGAGAUGCCAACCAGAAAACUUCCUGCUGCAGCAUUGUUAUCUCUGCUACUGAUUUUAUUUGAAUACAUUUAGAAACCAGUAUAAGGUUUAGAUUUUGUGAAUAAAUCAAAAUAGAAUCAUUUUUUUAACUGCAGAAAAAAUGCACUCUUUUGCUCUUCUCUAAGAUCUCCAUGACGUUCCAACAGACAUCUUUAUAUAGAGUUUCUGCUUCUUAUUAUUAUAAGGCAACUUUUCUAGCUUCUAGAAUGGGAGAAAAACUGGACAAUUUGGAGUUAAUGAAAAUAUUAUUCCAUUGCUGGAAUAGCCACUACAGAUUUUCAGUGUACAAAUAAAUCAUAUCACCAAGUUUGCACAUAAUUUGAUUUGGUGUAGAACUUACCAGAUUUAUUGUAGCCAUGGUUUGAAACGACUGAAUAAAUGUCACUCAGUCAAGCCUAAUUAAGCAGAUAUGGCAAUGUUACCUCAAGUUAAUGGAACCAUUAAUGGGCAAAACUAUAAUUCAGUCUCCCCAUUAUAGGAAAGAGUAUUUGAGCAUAUAGUGAAGAUAUGAAACGUUAACACACCUGAUGCAAGUGUUAUCAUAAUAUUGCAUGAAGAUGAAACCUUUGGAAAUUAUCACCAGUACUUUGUAUCAGGAUUUGAAAGAAGAAAUGGGGAUGGCCAAGCAAAA